AUGGAUUCUGGAACAGAUUGGCUCUGUGAGAUUCUACAGAAUGUUCAACUUGAACAAUUUUAUUUACCCAUCAGAGAUCAGUUGCAGAUUACAAGACUAGCACAUUUCGACUACGUGCAUGCUGAAGACCUUGAGAAGCUUGGCAUCAGUAAGCCUGGAGUGCGCAGGUUAUUUGAUGCUGUCAGGAAAAAGAAGUUACAGUUAUGGAACAGAAAGUUUUGGAACAAAUUAUUUGGUUCAUCAUCAAGCUCAGUUUCUAAGGAGAAAACUGAUUUAGCAGUGAGAACACCACAGGCAGACUCAAGAACAACUUGUAUUAUACUUGAGAAGGAUAUUAUAUUGCACAGUGAGAUUGGAAAUGGGUCUUUCGGUGUUGUGAAGCGAGGAGAAUGGAGGGUGUCUGAACACCCAUCACAAACAGUUCCUGUAGCAGUUAAGGUGUUAAAGGCAGAUGCGUUCUCACAACCAGGCAUCUAUGAUGACUUCAGGAGGGAAGUGGAGGCGAUGCACAGUUUGAAACAUCCAAACCUGAUCAAACUCCAUGGCGUAGUGUUCCAUCCGUUGAUGAUGGUGUGUGAGCUGGCAGCUAUGGGCUCUCUACUAGAUUAUAUUGUUGCUCAGAAUGGCAAAGUGUCUCUGAACUACAUCUACAAAUGGUCAGAACAAGUUGCAUCAGGAAUGGCACAUUUGGAGAAGCACAGAUUCUUGCACAGAGACCUAGCUUGCAGGAAUAUUUUAUUAUCCAGUGUUGAUUUGGUAAAAAUAGGUGACUUUGGUCUAAUGCGCGCGUUACCGGACGCGGACGAUUGCUACGUGAUGAGCGAGGGUCGUCGCGUGCCGUUCCCGUGGUGCGCGCCGGAGUCGCUGCGCAGUCGACAGUUCUCGCACGCCUCCGACGUCUGGAUGUUCGCAGUCGCGCUCUGGGAAAUGUACACCUUCGGAGAGGAACCUUGGAUAGGUUUGAACGGUUCGGAGAUACUGCGGCUAAUAAUGCGUGAAGGUCAAAGGUUGUCGGCACCGAAUGCCUGUCCGCCUGACGUGUACAUGCUGAUGAUGCAGUGCUGGGACCUCAACCCCAAGGAGCGACCGACCUUCGCCGGCAUACAGCGGUACAUUGAGACCAACAAGUUCGAAACUGCUAUUGCUGCGCUCAGUUACCGGCGACCGGGCAAGAUGACCAUCGACGCUGGUGACGCGAUCAUACUGAUAGACAAACGACCCGAGCUCCAUUGGUGGAAGGGACAGAACCAAAGGACUUUGGAAGUAGGACUCUUUCCCAGCACACUAGUAACGGUUGGAUUGAAAAGCGGUAAAAACAAUCAGGCAGUGAAGAAAUCGCAGACUUUGACACCUACACAAAGAGCCCAAGCGACAUCGAAUGCAUCAUCAUCGAACGGCGUGUCGGACGACAUGGCGGUGAUAUUACGCAAGCGUCGUACGAUAGAGUCGACGCAGCCGUCGACGACGCGCGGCGGGAACACGGGCAACAAACAGUUCAACUACAACAAACUCACCAACGACCGUGUCGCCACGUUAGCGCAAGAACGAGCCGCACGACAAACUAGGGACGCACAUUCCAAGAGUCUCAAUCAAGUAAAAGAGGACAUAUUGAUCGACCUGGACCUCCCGCCCUCGACUCGGCUGAGCACGCCCGCUAAGAAGUCCAGCCCCACUAGUCCCAAUACAAUCUCUAUUCUUGACGAGCCCAUAGAUGUACCAGAAAUAGGACUCGACAGCGACUGGGGCGAGCAAAGUAUAGAAAGCUUACCCAGUGUCUCUACUUCAUACAACAUACAAAACUACGCCAUAUAUGGUGCUAAGUCUUUAGACAACCUAUCGACUCCUCUACACCUAAGCACAUCACAAGCAACUCUACAACCAGAUCCAUUCGACACAUCACAGUUCUGGCCCUCCAAUGCAACUAGAUCUAACUACGAAAUUAAUGAAUCUAACAUAAGUAGUAUAAGCAAACAGUUACAAGAAUCUCACAGAUACUCAAGUAACAACCACACGACAUCUUCCAGCGCAGAGGUAUCACAUAUCUACAACAACAUGCCGUCUACCAGCUCUAACAGCGCCGCCAGUGCCAAUAACACGUACAGUAACACUCCGUCACCGUACGCCAUGAACAACGCUCUCUCAUUAGAACGUAACGUCACCGUGCCCAGUGUCGCAGCCUCACUGGCAGACAUGUCGUUAGACGACAGAAUCUCAGAAUCUCUCAAUCUUAGAUCUAAAAGCAACAACAGUGAUUAUCCGUACAGUGACAGCAUAUACAGCGCGCCAUCUACUUCAGCCGCGGCAAACAACGCCACUGAAGAUAAAAAAUACGGCGACAUUCCCAUCUACAAGAACUACGACAUCACACCAGUGCAGCAACAAUUUAUAUUGGAAACAAAAGACUACUACACCAAGCUAUCGACCCCAUCGAAGGCUAACACGAGCAAUGAUUACGAAAAGAACAUUUACGUGCCGAAGUACGAAGAGGACGGUGAGAAGUUGAAGAACUUUAGCGACUGUGUGGAGAAUUCUAAGAAUUACUCAGCGUACAAAUACCAAAAUGUGGACUAUCAGUAUUCGAACUAUGACAGCUUCCGAGGCAGUCUGGCGUCGACGUCUCGCGGCGCCGCCGUGUACGACGAGGUCAAUGACACCGCUAGCAACUUCUACAGCGAGAUCGGCGAGCCCGGCGCCGCCAGCGUGUACGCGGCGCAGCCUGUGUACUCCAACUCCAACCUGUACGACGAGGUGUACGAGGAGGCAGUGCCGCGGCCGCACCGCCCCGCGCCGCCCUGCCCCACUAAACCUAAAUAA